AAGGAUAUGCGUACCCAAAUCACCUCUCUACUCACACUCGCAACCCCAUGUUAUAAUUGACUCUCGAGCUCUCAAUUUUUUUUUUAUUAUUAUUAUUAUUUCAUUCAAAAGUAAUAUCAUAUUUGUCUUCUCUGCUUGCUUUGUUAUUCUUUAUUCAACAAAUUUCGAUGGGAGCAGUGGAUAAUGAAAGGAUGAUUGUGAACUCUGAUCGACUACUGUGGUGUGCUGCUGCUUUGGUGCUGAUGAUCAUUUUGCAACCGUCAGAUGCAGUCGAAGAAGCAGUAGUGGGGUCACCGCUGGUUCCAGCAAUGUUUGUGUUCGGGGACUCAUUGGUUGAUGUGGGCAAUAACAACUUCCUCCGUUCAUUUGCCAAAUCCAAUUAUUAUCCAUACGGAAUCGAUUUCAGUGGAGGCCCUACUGGAAGAUUUACUAAUGGAAGAAACAUGGUUGAUUUGCUAGGGAAUUUGCUGGGUCUUCCAUAUGUUCCAGCCUUUGCAGAUCCAAGUACUACUGGAGCCAAAAUCCUUGGGGGAGUGAACUAUGCUUCAGCAGCUGGUGGCAUAUUGGAUGAGACUGGCCAGCACUAUGGAGAGAGAUUUACACUGAGCCAGCAAGUGUUGAAUUUUGAGAGCACAGUGAACCAAUUAACAACACUGCUUGGUGGAAACCUGACCCAAUACUUAGCCAAGUCCAUAGCAGUUUUGGUGUUCGGAAGCAAUGACUACAUCAACAACUACCUCUUGCCUUCCUUGUAUCCUUCCAGCUACACCUACAAUCCCCAGGACUACGCCAAUCUUCUCCUUAAUCGCUAUGCUAGACAAAUUAUUGCAUUGUACAGUGUUGGAUUGAGGAAGUUUAUGCUUGCGGGAAUUGGACCUCUAGGUUGCAUUCCUAACCAGAGAGCUAGUGGCCAAGCUCCACCGGGGCGGUGCCUGGACAAUGUGAAUCAGAUGCUUGGACCAUUCAAUGAGGGCCUGAGACUAAUGGUGAACCAGUUCAAUGCCAAUCACACCGGUGCCACCUAUGUCUACGGCAAUGUUUAUGGUGCAAUUGGCGACAUGCUAAAUACCCCUGCCACCUACGGGUUCAAUGUGAUUGAUAGUGCAUGCUGUGGACUGGGGAGGAACCAAGGCCGAAUAACAUGUCUCCCAUUUAACGUUCCAUGCUCUAAUAGAAACCAAUACCUGUUUUGGGAUGCCUUCCAUCCAACAGAGGCUGCUAAUGCUAUCCUAGCUUGGCGGGCUUUUAAUGGCUCACCCGUGGAUUGUUACCCAAUCAAUGUCCAGCAAUUGGCGCUUAUCUAAUUGUCUUUUUUUUUUUUUUUUUUUGGGGGGGGGGGGGCAAUAUUAUCUAAUUAUCUUGUUGCAUUAUGUAAUAUCAUAUAUGGGUCAUGAAAACGUAUCAUAUAUCGCUGAGAUUAAUCAAACCGUAUCCUCUUCUCCUAGUCACCACCCAAUCUUUGCAAUGUCUGUUGUUGUAUCCCAAUAAUAAUUAAUAGUUG